AUGAAGAUCGAUCAUGUCUCGAUGGUGAAAAUCGUCUCCGCUAAAAGAAUCGUGCGACGGAAUUUGAGUUCGUCGGAAACGGUCCCUGAAAUCAGGUGCUUUGCUCUUGAUUUCAACAGUAUAUCCGUUUGCUGGAUUGGGAUCAUAUACAAUGAUCCUUUGUUGAGAUCACUACGUUUUCAGAAUGAUCCCCGACCCCAUAUCUUUUUAGAUUUCAUUCUCCUUGGAUGUGCAGUAGAUCAAGUGUUAAUGGUUUCAAGUGAAUGUACUAACGUGUGUUCCAACAAUCAUUGUCUAAUGGCAGCUAUGACGGUACAAAAGUUGGAUGAUUUGUUGUGGAAAUCCGGAGGAGAAGAUCUGCAAGGUUCCUAUCCGUUUAGAUCUGAAUGUCAAGCAGAUGUCCCCAGGAACAGAUUCAAAUCAAGGGCUGGCGAAACUCUAAGUGCUAGGAGAUGGCAUGCUGCGUUUACUGAAGAUGGACGUUUGGAUAUGGAAAGAGUUCUUCGACGUAUACCAGCGAGGAGGAAUUCAUCGAAGAUCAAAGCAGAGGUUUGGGAGUUUUUUAGGAGGCUACGAUCCAGACAGCAUGUUUGA